AUGGUGAAAAAGCUGCCAUGGUUAGAACUGCAGGAAGUACUGGAAACUGCACGGAAAGUGUGUACUUCUUGGAGGCGAAUAUGCAAGGAAUCUUCCAUGUGGCGAGUUAUUAAUAUGUCGAAUGAUGGAGACCUGUCUAAUAUGCCUUACAAUUUGAAGAAAAUGUGCAGAUAUCCAGCCAAGAGUGUGCUGGUGACCACCCUUGGCCAUGAGUGGCUCCGCAAUUUCCUUCGGGAUUUGGAAGAGUUUAGUUUCCUGAUUCAUAACAGGAUAACAGAGGUGGUUGCACUGUCAUCUAUGCUUUUGUCCACCAGAUCAGGAAAACUGAAAAGACUUAGCAUUGCAUAUUGCUAUGGUAUGGUAUGUGACGGCUUGGUUGAAGCAGUUCAAAAGCUCCAUUGCUCUAAAAGCCUGCCAACCUUGCACCACCUUCAACUCAUUGGAAACAGUAUUACAAAUAAAGGCCUCGAGGCUAUUCUUGAUAGUUGUCCUCAUCUUGUAUCACUUGACCUGCGGCUGUGCAACUAUGUUAGCCUCAACGCAGUCUUGAGUAGUAGAUUAUCUGGACAAAUUAAAGAUGUGAAGCUCUCUCAUGAUUCUCUAGCAGGUCUUGACUUUUCAUUUAAGGCUUGCGGGGAAGAGGAUGAUGACAUGUUGUUGGUGAUAAUACAAUAAUAAUAAAAUUACAAUUGAAAAACAAAACAAAAAUGUCUUCGGCUGAGGCGCGGAUAUCUCGCUCUCUUUAA